GAUUACACAUUAAGAUGUCUGUGUGGCUGUCUCCCAGGGAAUCGGGACGGCCAGACACGGCUUAUCAAAGAGGGCCAGAACGUGGAGGCGUACCAGUGGAGCGUGGCCGACAGCCGCUGGAUGAAGAUUGGAGAUGUGGUGGGAGGGUCCAACCAGCAGACCUCCAAGAAAGUCAACUAUGAGGAAAAGAUGACCCCUGGCUGACGGCUCACAACUUCCUGCAGAAGAACGAGCUCAGCCCCAUGUUCCUGGACCAGGUGGCCAACUUCAUCAUCGAGAACACCAAAGGACACACCUUGGGAGCCGCCCCGCCCAGCGCUGCCGACCCAUUCACUGGCUCAGGCCGAUACAUUCCUGGAGCUGCUGACAACAGAGCAGGCUUUGGGGCUGACCCCUUCACAGGCACUGGGCGGUACAUCCCAGGAUCGGGGACUCCUACAGCGUGGCAGACCCCGUCACUGGUGAGGGUGCCUACUCCUCGACUGCCUCGAGGCAGACCUCCACAAACAUCUAGGCUAAUGCCACACAGAAAAUGGCCAAGCUGAAGGAGCUGAACGGUGGGGCCCCUGGGGAAUACAGGAUGUCUGAAGAGGUGCUGGGGAGCCUGGAGAAGCUGCUGGUGUCUGUCUGUGACCCCCACGCCUCAGAGCAGCCCACCACAGAGCAGAUCAGUCUGCUCUGGAAGACCUCCCACUGGCCAGAAGGUAGGCUACCACACAUCUUAGACAGGAUUUGGGUUUAUCCCACUAGACUAGUGCAGAGGUGGGCAAUUCUGAUCCUGGCGAGCCGCAAUGUGUGCAGGCUUUUGCUUCCAGUCACUAGCACAUG